AGCAGGUGUUUUCUUGAGUUUGCCCUUCGUGCGCCAUUAUAAAAAUGAGACACGGACACGGUCAAGCCAACAGCCACGUACAGGACACGUCCACGCACGCACGCACGCCAUGUUGAGGAUAACUUCUUUGCUUCUCUUGCUUUCCCUCCAGGCAAUCUCUGGAACGAAGUUGAAAAAUGUGAGAGCGAACUGUGAUCCCGACUGCUCCACUGCUAAAGAUGGUGACAGAGUGGAAAACCCCAAGGAUUGCCACACGUACUACGUGUGCUUUAGUAACAGUGGUAUGGGCCCCAUGGACUGCCCCGACGGUCAAUUUUUCAACAGCACUGCAGGUAACUGCGUGGCAAAUGGCCCUGUGGAAUGCAAGCCGUCAUGUGGAGGUGGCAGCUGCACCUAUGAAUGUAACGAUCUUAGCAUUCCCUUCAGGGCAGACAGAUAUGACUGCUCCACCUACCAUGACUGUGCUAGCGGCGCCAUGAUGCGGUGUGACAAGGACAAGCCGUUCUUUAAUGGAGAGGCAUGUCAGACUGACGAGAGUAAAUGCUGUCACUGCAAGCCUUACUGCUACACAGACGACAAAGGCCAUUUGGUCAUGGAUCCCACGGACUGCACUAAAUACUACUUAUGUUUAGACAAUAAUACGAUUCCUGACGCUUCCGGCCGCUGUUCCACUGGAAACUUCGACCCGUUCACGCAGAAGUGUUCUCUCAGCACGCCCUGCCUUACCUUCUGCGCCAAUGUUGUCAAACCGGACGGCUGCAUCCACACCUACACGUGCCAGAAGACAGGCAAGUUCGCUGCGUGCCCACACAAAUGCACGCAGGAUUACUUCCACUGUCUUGCCGCGGACAUCGGCUCUGUGGUGGCCGUUACCUCGUGCACUGGUGACUAUGUCUUCCACCCCAAUCUGGGCUACUGUGUCGUACCUACAGCCUGCUCACUGUAGACUGCAUGCCUCACCCUUCACACACACACACACACACACACACACUCCCUGCCUGCUUCUGUAUUUCCAGCUUUCUAACUCGACUUCGUUCAAGAGGAAGGUUUCAAGACAUGUAUCCCUUUCUUUUGACUAACUCUCAGGAAUGCAGAUGGACUGAUAGCUAAGCGGGCCAUUUUCUUUCGUUUUAUGUUGCAAUUGGCCAGUUUUUCACUCUCAUAAAGCACACACACGCACACACACACACACACACGCACGCACACACCACGUGCAUGAAGGGAUGUUAAGAGUGUGUCAGCAGUGCAUAGUAGGCUGAAUAAACAAAUCAAGAAGACAUGAUUGUUUGCGACUGAUUGCUUCCUGACGCUGUGUUGGUGGUGGUGAUGGAACACUAAAUAAACUCUAAAGAAAUGUU